AUGACAGUGACUCACUCCUCUAACUACUCACACUUACUCUCCAUCCCCCACUCACCCUUCAUCCCCCACCCACACUCACCCCAUCCCCACCCCACCAACCCCGCACCCCACCCACACCCACCCCACCCCCACCCCCACACCACCGCACCCCCCACCACACCCACCCCACCCCACCACACUCACCCGCAGCCCCCACCAGCAAACCGCCCCACCCACCACACCCGCAGCCCCCACCACCGACCCACCCCCACCCAGCCCACGACCCGAAGCCCCCCCCACACCACCCGCAGCCCCAGCCCACGCCCCGCCAGCCCGACCCCGACCCCACCACACCAGCACCCACCCCACACCACGCACCCCAGCCCCACCCACACCACCCCACCCCCACCAACCCACACACCCACCCCCACACCACACGCACCGCCAGCACCCACGCACACGACCCCCACCCCAGCAACAGCACCGCCGCCCCACGCACACGCACCCGCCAGCCCCACAAACGCACGCAGCCCCAGCACACGAACCCCAGCCCCCACCCACCCGCAGGCACACGCACCGAGCCCACGCACCCGCAGCCCACCACAGCACCCCGAGCCGCACGCACCAGCAGCCCCAGCACCACCACAGCACCAGCCAGCCCCACCGCCACGCACCCCAGCCACACACACACGCACACGCACCGCCAGCCCCACCCACACGACCCCCAGCCCCACGCACCCGCCAGCCCCAACCCACCACCGCCAGCCGCACGCACCCGCAGCCCCCAACCCCACGCACCCCAGCCCCAGCCACACGCACCCGCGAGCGCCACACGCACCCGACAGCCCCCACCCCCGCCAGCGCCCACCACCACGCAGCCGCCAGCCCCCAGCACACGCCCCGCCAGCCCACACGCACCCGCACCCCCACCACCCACCAACCCACACGCACCGCCAGCCCCCACCCCACCCACACCCAGCGCACACGCACCCGCACCCCACCCCCAACCCCCACCCACAGGCAACCGCCAGGGCACACGCACCCGGCACCCCCACCACACACCCGCAGCCACGCACCACACCAGCCCACCCCCACACGCACCCGCCACCCCCACGCACCACCCGCCAGCCCCCACCACACGCCCACCACCCCAACACCCACUCCCACGCACCCCCACCCCCACCCACGCACCCGCCAGCCCCCACCCCACCACCCGCACCACACACACCCGCAGCCACACGCACCCGCAGCGCACACCACCCUCAUGCCCCCACCACACGCACCCGCAGCCGCACGCACCAUCCACCCCCACCCCCACACACACGCACCACCCACACGUCCCCCCCACGCCCCACCCACAACCACCCUGCAACCCCACCCUACACCAACCCCAGACCACCCACACGCACCCCCACCCCCACCCCCACCCACACGCCACGCACACGCACCCCCACCCCCACCCCACCACCCCAGCCAGCCCCCACCCUCCACCCACACCCACCACAUCCACCCCACACCCCACCCACCCACCCAACCCCCACCCACAUCACCCGCGACCACACGCACCCCCAUCGCACACGCACCCUUCAUCCCCCACCACACUCACCCUCUAUCCUCACUCACCAUCCAUCCCCCAUUCACACUCACCCUCUAUCCACACUUACCUUCCAUCCCCCACCCACACUCAUCCUCCAUCUCACACUCACCCUCCAUCCCCACCCAACCACCCUCCAACCCCCACUCACCCUCCAUCCCUCACACCCUCCAUCCCCCACUCACACUCACCCUCCAUCUCCCAUUACCACAUCUCUAACUAACUCUCAUCUUCUCUUCUCUCCCCCCCCACCUCCCGGCAGUCGCAACAUGUCAGGUGAUCAGAAGGAGGACCAGCAGCAGCUCCAGCAGAAUCCUCAGCCCCCUCACGGCCAAAACCCCAAGGACACCAAGCCGCGCUCCCUCCGCUUCACCUGGAGCAUGAAGACCACAUCGUCCAUGGAGCCCCACGACAUGAUGCGCGAGAUCCGCAAGGUGCUGGACGCCAACAACUGCGACUAUGAGCAGCGCGAGCGGUUCCUGCUGCUGUGCGUGCACGGCGACGGCCACGCCGAGAGCCUGGUCCAGUGGGAGAUGGAGGUGUGCAAGCUGCCGCGCCUCUCGCUCAACGGCGUGCGCUUCAAGCGGAUCUCGGGCACGUCCAUCGCCUUCAAGAACAUAGCGUCCAAAAUUGCCAACGAACUGAAGUUGUAG